AAAAAGCACCUUCUCCUUCGCCCUCCCCUGGUUAUUGAUUCAUCGUCUUUAACCUAAUUGGGGAGGGAAAAGCUUUUUCAUUUUCUGGGCCAAUUUCACCAACAAUUCCAUUUCGAUCUUGUUUUUUGCCAUUAUGGAAAUCGAUAACAUCGAAUGUGUUUCGGUUUCGGAUGGAUUAAUUGAUGAUGCAAUCCCACACCAUAAUCACCAUCAUCAUCGUCCUCCUCAUCCUCAUCCUCAUCCUCAUCCUCAUCAAAACAAUCCUAAUCCCAAUCCUAAUCCUAAUCCUAAUCCUAAUCCUCAAUUUUCAUCUUCCAAAACUCAUAAUGUUAAUGUUGUUCCUUCGACGAUUCAUCCCACAACCAGUGUUCAUGAGCUUCUUGAAUGCCCUGUUUGUACCAAUUCAAUGUACCCUCCAAUUCAUCAGUGUCACAAUGGCCACACGCUUUGUUCCACUUGUAAGGCACGAGUUCACAACAGAUGUCCAACUUGUAGGCAAGAGCUUGGCGAUAUAAGGUGUCUUGCAUUGGAAAAAGUGGCUGAAUCGCUCGAGUUGCCCUGCAAAUACUGCUCCCUUGGAUGCCCCGGGAUCUUCCCAUACUAUAGCAAGCUGAAACAUGAAGCCGUUUGCAAUUUUAGGCCGUACAGCUGUCCGUAUGCGGGAUCAGAGUGCUCAGUUGUUGGGGAUAUCCCGUAUUUAGUUUCACAUUUGAGGGAUGAUCAUAAAGUAGAUAUGCACUCCGGAUGUACUUUCAAUCAUCGUUAUGUCAAGUCCAAUCCACGUGAAGUUGAAAAUGCCACAUGGAUGCUAACGGUCUUCAACUGCUUUGGGCAGUAUUUUUGUCUCCACUUUGAAGCGUUCCAGCUCAGCAUGGCGCCCGUCUACAUGGCGUUUCUCCGGUUCAUGGGUGACGAAAACGAUGCCCGUAACUACCGUUACAGCUUGGAGGUUGGCGGGAAUGGCAGAAAACUCAUCUGGGAGGGUACCCCUCGGAGCAUUAGAGAUGGUCACAGAAAGGUUAGGGACAGCCAUGAUGGUCUGAUAAUUCAGCGGAAUAUGGCUCUGUUUUUCUCAGGAGGAGAUAGGAAAGAAUUGAAGUUGAGAGUUACUGGUCGGAUUUGGAAAGAACCGCCCAACUCUGAUGGUAGUAAUGUAUGCAUUCCGAACCUUUGUUAGUUAACUCGUUUCCUUUUUUUGUGGGUCCUAACGACAUUUAUACGAUAAACGUCGUUUAAAAUGGGACCCACAAAUGCGCAACGAAAGAAAAAAAAAUGGUGAAUGGAGGCCUAAUUUUCAUAUUUGUGUGGGAGUUGUAUAGGGCAAUGAUACUACUACUAUUAGUGUAAGAAAUCUGUUUGCAAAGCAUAUGGAUUUGAACUCCCUCCCAUAUGAAGUUAUAGCAAUUUACCAUUUUUCCCCUA